AUGACAAUCAUUGCAAUCGAAAGCAAAGCAGACUUCACCUCCAAAAUCCUAAGCACAACCGACCUCGUCGUUCUCGACUGCUGGGCAACAUGGUGCGGCCCGUGCAAAGCCAUCGAGCCAAAGUUGGAAGAAUUCAGCGCCGCCUUUUCUCAGGUUAAAUUCUACAAGCUGAACGUCGACGAUCCGGCUGUUGCGGAUGUUGUGCAGGAACUGAAUGUCCGCGCUAUGCCCACUGUUAUGUUUUUUGAAAAGGGGGAGAAGGUUACUGAGAUUGUCGGGGCGGAUUUGCAUGGGAUCGAGAGGGGGAUUCAGGCUUUGGUCGCUACACUUGUGUAG